CUUGCUUUCCACAUUUAAAUCACAACCUCACCAUACAAUAACCACACAAUAUGGCGCGAAAGGCCCCACAACAGCGCGACGCACAGGAAAUGAAUGACGACCCGUUUGUCAACGACGAGGCGGACGACGUUGAAGAGGAUGAUGGACCACCAACCAUUGAUCCAUAUGAGGUGCUUGGUCUGGAGACGGAUGUCACCGCCGACGAGGUCAAGAAAGCGUAUCGCAAACUGGCGCUGAAACAUCAUCCAGACAAGGCUGCAGAAGGCGAGCAGGAAGCCGCGAAGAAGAAGUUCCAAGAAAUCGCCUUCGCCUACGCCGUCCUCUCCGAUGAUCGCCGGCGAAAGCGCUACGACCUCACUGGCAGCACUGCCGAGACACUCGAAGACGACGACGGCUUCGACUGGCUGAAGUUCUACCGCCAGCAGUUUGAGGAUGUGGUCAACGAGGACGCCAUCAACAAGGUGUCAGAAGAGUUCAAGGGUAGCGACGAGGAGCGACGAGAGCUGGUCAAGGCGUACAAGAAGGCCAAGGGCAAUCUAAAUGCGAUAUACGAGCUUGUCAUGCUGUCUGAUAUUCUCGUGGACGACGACCGCUUCAGGCAGAUCCUGGACGAGGAAAUUGAAAAGGGCACGAUCGAGUCGUGUCCAGCAUACGCGAAGGAGAACGAUGAGACGCGACAGAAAGCCAAGGAUGCUGAGAAGAAGAGGCGCGAGGAUUGGGACAAGCGCCAGGCUGCGGAAGAGAAAGCUGGGAAAUCCAAGGGAAAGGCGGACAGCAAAGCAAAGAGCAAAAAGAAGGGCGGAGACGAUAUGGCUGGUCUGGCCGCGUUGAUUCAGCAAAGACAAAAACAGAGAGCGGGCGGCUUCUUCGACCAGCUAGAGGCCAAGUACGCGCCCAAGCCACGGGGCAGCAAGAGGGCGACACCCAUGGACAUGGAUGAGCCGCCCGAGGAAGCGUUUCAGGCUAUGGCAGACCGAGCAAAGAAGCAGAAGCGAAGCAGUCGCACAAAAAAAGCCAAGGAUGAGGAUGAAGAUGAGGAGAUGGAUAUCGGCGAGGAGGAUAUCGGUAUCUCCGACGAAGAUGAGGAGGAAGAGGAAGCUCCACGCAAAUCGAAGGCGCGCAAACCUCGUGCAAAGCCCAAGGGAUGCGGACGCGGUACUGCGAAGGCUUGAGGAUACUCGUGAAGCCAGAUUUUAGUUCUCCGAAAUGGUGUUUGACGAAUGGGUUGGUGAUGUCGUUCUCCCUACGGUUUGCAUAGCAUGGCGCCCGGAACUUGGAAAUGGACAUAUUUGUCGUGCAUGGGCACCACAGUGAUGUGGAGAUAUUUGGAGGCUUGCUCUUUUCUUACAUGCUUAAGUCUCCACUUUCCGUGCUCCUAAUGAAAGUAUUCUGAUGG